AUGCGCAACUUUCUCCUCACAGCACUUACAUGUGCUUCCGCCAUCACUGGUGUGGUUGCUCACCCUGAGCGUCAUGACAACUCCAAGGCUCAUGCGCCAUCUAUCAAAGCGAGAGGCACAGACAAAUGCGCUCGCCACAUUGAGCAGCGCCGCGAUAUGGCCUUCAUGAAACGUCGCAAUGCAUUGGGCAAGCGUUCGAGUUCCAACGCCAAUCGGUUCAUGUACAAAGAGCUGCAAAACAAAACUUGCACUCUUGCCCCUGACACUAUCUUCGGUCCCUAUGACGUGGACGGCGAGCUUCAUCGCCACGAUGUGAGAGAGGGACAGGAGGGUGUCGAACUCUAUCUUGAUCUUGGCUUGAUUGAUGUUGAGACCUGCGAGCCUGUGUCAGAUGCCUGGUUGACUAUUUGGUCCUGCAAUGCUACUGGAACUUACUCCGGCUACAUUGGUAUCGACCCCGACACCGUCGAGCCAUAUGACGGCUGGACCACGAGAUCCGAUGGCACAACCGACGACUCUACCUUCCUGCGCGGAAUCUCAAAGACGAACGAGGCCGGAAUCGGCGAGUUCCUGACCAUCUUCCCGGGUUACUACUCCUCCCGCACUACCCACAUUCACGUCACUGUGCAGACGAAUGUUGACGAAGACGACACCAGCUACUCUGCUGCAGCCAUUCAGCAUGUUGGUCAGCUGUUCUUCCCCGAAGAGCUCAUCAACUCUGUCUAUCAGCUAGCUCCUUACCAUGCGCAUCUGGCUACCCUGAACCGCACUCUCAACUCCGAGGAUUCGCUUUACCCCACUGCCAACUCUGAUGGAAACAAUGCGAUCAUCUCUACCGAAUUGCUUGGUCAGACUCUUGCUGAUGGGCUGAUUGGAUAUAUCACUAUUGGCGUUAACAGAAGUGCUGCUGCCAUUGCUACGACAGGUGAACAAGUCAAUGUCCAGGGAGCUAUACCGACUGUCUCUUUGAGCGCUAGCGCCCAAGCUGCCGCAAAUACUAUUGAUCUGGCCCAGGGGUACAGAGCUAACGGUAUGAAGCUUUAG